AUGUCAUCAGGCUCUCCCACUGUACCCAAAACCCAAAUGUGUACCUUUACACAUCACUCACUCAUUGAUGGGUUUGUGUCCUUUGGCUCUUACGCUAAUGCCGUCAACUUGUUUGGUCAAAUGGUUCGUGGGCGUGUUUCGGCUGAUAGCUAUGCAGUCACUGCGGUGUUGAAAGCCUGUGUGCUUCAACGAGCCUUGAGAAGUGGCAGAGAGCCAUUGUCUGAACAUGGCAUGCUUGAGUUUGGCCACCUAAAUGCUAAAGCCAAAACAUCGAGUGCAUGGCACUACAAUUCUAAAAGUGGAUGUGUGCCCACAUGA